GCUGUUUCCUGUCUACAGUGUCUGUGUAAUGUAGAUAAAUGUGAGGAUUUUCUCUAAAUCCCUCUUCUGUUUGCUAAAUCUCACUGUCACUGCUAAAAUCAGAGCAGAUAGAGCCUGCGCAAUGGAAUAAAGUCCUCAAUAUUGAAAUGUGACAUUGCUCUCAACAUCUCACAUCUCUCUGGAUUUCUUUUUUCUCAUCAUUACUGCUAACAAAUUCAUUUCCAGACUUUGCACUUUUAAGAAGCAAUGGAAAAAAUCAACAGUCUUUCAACACAAUUAGUUAAGUGCUGCUUUUGUGAUUUCUUGAAGGUGAAGAUGCACACUGUGUCCUACAUUCAUUUCUUCUACCUUGGCCUGUGUCUGCUUACCUUAACCAGUUCUGCUGCAGCUGGCCCAGAAACGCUCUGUGGUGCUGAGCUGGUUGAUGCUCUUCAGUUUGUGUGUGGAGACAGAGGCUUUUACUUCAGUAAGCCUACAGGGUAUGGAUCCAGCAGUAGACGCUUACACCACAAGGGAAUAGUGGAUGAAUGCUGCUUCCAGAGUUGUGACCUGAGGAGGCUGGAGAUGUAUUGUGCUCCAAUAAAGCCACCUAAGUCUGCACGCUCUGUACGUGCUCAGCGCCACACUGAUAUGCCAAAAGCACAAAAGGAAGUGCAUUUGAAGAAUACAAGUAGAGGAAACACAGGAAACAGAAACUACAGAAUGUAAGAACAUGCCAUCCACAAGAACGAAGAAUGAAUGUGCCAUCUGCAGGAUACUUUGCUGUAAAUAAAUUAUUUGUUAAACAUUGGAAGACUUAAAAAAAAAAACAAACCUAUGGCUUAAUAAGCUCAAUGCAAUCUCAACCAAUGGGCAUUCUCCCAGUGAACAAUGCAACUAAACAUUCCAAUAUAAGUCUUUAGAGAACAGAACAUUUUAAGCAGCCCAGAGCUAAAAAUUCUGUGGUUGAUAUAUUACUGUUUGUUAACCUGUUUUAAAUGUCCUGCACAAAAUCUCUUAAAGUCCUGUGCCCCUCAAAAGCCUACAAAUUUAUGGGCCUUUGAUGGAUCCAAUUGCACUAAAUUAACCUAUGAA